AUGGAAAAGCAACCUCGAUCAGGGUCAAUUCAAGAAUGUCUACUCCGCGGAAAUAACUGUGUUUUCAACACUUAUAUGGUUAAUGCAGACUCCGAAGUUAAUUGCAAGGGAGUAUUUAUAUUUGUCCACGGUUGGUCCGAACAUAUUUUAAUGUACCUAGACUUAGCGUAUUUUAUAGCCUCCCUUGGAUAUGACUUUUUUGCUUUUGACUUGAGAGAAAGUGGCAAAACUAGAGGAGCAUAUACAGAUAUUGAUUGUCCUAUAAGAGAUCUUGAUUUUAUAAUAGAGAAGAAUAUAACCAAACAUAAAUCUUGCAAUCUUAUAGGCCAUUCGAUGGGUGGAACUAUCAUUCUUGAUUAUUUGCGAAAAGGCAAAUAUAAAGAUAUAAUAUCUUCAGCGAUAUUGAGUGGACCGUGUAUUAAGCUCCAUGAAUCCAUACAACCUGGUCCACUAAAAAGGGUGUUUCUUAGCAUAACCUUGUACUGGUUUCCCCGUAUUCGUUAUUGGGAAUCAAAAUCGAUUUCUGCAUAUGUACCGGUGACAACAGAUGAAAGGAAACAGUUGGAAAUGUUCAAUGAUAAGCUAUGUUGCCCUAAUUCUCCAUUAAAAAUGAUUUCAGACAUGUAUUACAGAGGUAAAAAACUAGCGGAAACAGUUUCAGAUAUCUCAAGUAAGACUAGAAUACUAAUACUUCAAUCAGAAAAUGACUUAAUCGUGGAUCCAUUUGCUGUAAAGACCUUUUUCAAUGAUUUAUCAUCUACGACUAAGAAAAUUGUUUGCAUAGAAAACUCCGGUCAUGCCUUGUUUCUCGAGAAGGAAUCGACAUUGAAACUCGUGUAUAAAGAAAUAGAUCGUUUUUUAAAAACACAAUAA